AUGAAGAUCGUGUGCAUUGGUGCCGCUCCGACAGCGCUCGGCGCCGCCUAUCGGCUCAACGAGCUUCAGAGCGAGGGCAAUGAGGCGGCGAUGAACACCGAGAUUUUGCUCAUUGAGCAGGAGAAUCACGCCGGCGGUUUGUCGUGCACCGUCACCGACGACAAGGGUUUCCUAUGGGAUAUGGGCGGUCAUAUCACGUUCAAUCACAAUUUCCCGUACUAUGAGAAGGCGACGAAAUGGGCUGUAGAUGAAUGGAACAAGCUGGCGAGAAACUGCAUGGUUGAUAUGAACUAUGUGUUCGAUAAGAAGGGAAUCCAUUUGGUCCCAUAUCCAGCGCAAUUCGCUGUUCCGCUGUUCCCAGAGCCUGUCAAGAACGCCUGCCUUGUCGAUUUGAAGGAGCGCUAUGAGCGGGACCAUACAACCACAGCGCCGGAGAAUUUUGAGGAAUGGGUUCUUCAGCACUUUGGACCAACUAUUUUGAACACGUUCUUCAAGCCUUACACCAAAAAGGUCUGGACGGUUGAGCCAUUAAAGAUGUCACCGAAUUGGGUUGGAACUCGUGUCGCCAAACUCCCACAGGAGAAGCUUGAGGAAUUGUGCGCGAUGGAUCAGAAUGAGCUUGCCAAUGCCGACUUCGGCUGGGGACCAAACUCUUACUUCACUUUCCCGAAAUACGGAGGAACUGGUAACGUGUGGAACUCGAUGGCGAAGAAAUUGCCGAACAACUGGUUCAAAUUCAAUAGCAAGGUUGUCGGUGUGGAUGCAAAAGAAAAGACCAUCGAGGUCAUUGAAAAGGACCAAGAGACGCCGAAAAAGGUUGAAUAUGACGUUUUGCUCAACACGGCUCCAAUCGAUCAGCUCAUCAAGAGCACUCAAGUCACCGGACCAUUGGACAUUAAAUACAACAAGGUGUUCAUUGUGGGAGUUGGUCUCCGCAAGCCGAUGACGCCGUUCCUUGAAAAUUACACCUGGUUGUAUUUCCCGGAUCGAAAUGUGCCGUUCUUCCGUGUCACGAUUUUGUGCCGGUAUGGUGAGGUGACGCCAGACAGCGACAAGUACUGGUCGGUGAUGUGCGAGUGCGCCAGACCAAUUGAUGACACGGUCACCGAGGAAGAAAUCGUGAAGCAAACUCUCGAUGGACUCGUUCUCAAGGACAUGAUCACUCGAGAGGCGAUCGAAUCCGUCUAUUCCGUCACCCUUCCAUACGGCUAUCCGAUUCCAACGCCGAAACGAGAUCAGGAAUUGGCGCGCGCUCACACCGAGCUCGAAAAAAACCAAAUCUAUUCGCGCGGGCGUUUCGGCGGCUGGAAAUACGAGGUCUCGAAUCAAGACCACUGCUUCAUGCAAGGCAAAGAGUUCAUCGAUCGCGUUGUGCUCGGCGAGCCCGAGAAGGUUUACAAGACAGGCGUGGCGACAAUCCCGCGAGGUUAA